AUGGGUUGCAUGAGCUCGAAACCAGUCAACGCGGACGACAAGGAUGCCCUCCAGCAAAAUGCCAGAAUAGACAAGGUCUUGAAGAACGAUAAGAAAGUAAUGGAUAGGACGAUCAAGAUACUUCUCCUCGGUGCUGGUGAGUCGGGAAAGUCGACUAUCAUAAAGCAAAUGCGCAUCAUUCACUCGGGAGGCUUUCCCGAGGAUGAGCGUCGCCAGACGCGCGCAGUGAUCUAUUCAAACAUUGUCAUUGCGUUCAAGGUUUUGCUGGAGAUUAUGCGCGCAGAGAGCAUCGAGUUUCAACAUGAUGGCACGAAACCUUUGGCCGAUCUUAUCGACAACCUAGAGCCAGAUGUAGGCUCCGAUGAGGCUUUCUCAGACCUCAAGGUUCGCGACGCGAUGAGAGAUAUGUGGGACGACGAUGGCGUCCAAAAAGCCGUUGCCCGUGGGCACGAGUUUGCCCUUCACGACAACCUUCACUAUUUCUUCAACUCGCUUGAUCGGAUAUUUGCAAAUGUGUGGCUGCCCGACAAUCAAGAUAUGCUGCAAGCCCGUCUCCGGACCACCGGAAUCACAGAAACGUUGUUUGAAUUGGGUCAAAUGAAUUUCCGUAUGAUGGAUGUUGGUGGACAACGGUCCGAACGGAAGAAGUGGAUUCACUGUUUUGAGGGUGUUCAAUGUCUUCUUUUCAUGGUCGCUUUAUCAGGAUACGACCAGUGUUUAGUUGAAGACCAGAAUGCGAACCAAAUGCACGAGGCAAUGAUGCUCUUCGAGUCGCUAGUAAACGGCGAAUGGUUCAAGCGAAAACCCAUUAUCUUGUUCUUGAACAAGAUCGAUCUCUUCAAGGGGAAACUCGACAUCUCCCCUGUUUCCAAACAUUUCCCGGAUUUCAACGGCUCGAAUAACGACUUCGACGCUGCUGCCAGAUAUUUCGCCGACAGAUUCCGCGGAAUCAACCGAAUCCCCGAUCGAGAAAUCUACAUCCACUACACCAAUGCUACCGAUACGACGUUGCUGAAGGCCACCAUGGACUCGGUGCAGGACAUGAUCAUCCAGAAGAACCUUCACACUCUCAUCUUAUAG